UGAAUUCAGCUACUGAGUAUAGGCAACAUGUUCUAUAUGCAUUUGUUUAUGAACAAGCGUGGGCCAUUGGCCAAAAUAUGGCUCGCCGCUCACUGGGAGAAGAAGCUCACAAAAACUCACAUAUUUGAAUGCAAUUUGGAGACUACUAUUGAAAAGAUCAUUUCACCAAAGGUUAAAAUUGCUCUGCGCACCUCAGGACACUUGCUUUUGGGAGUGGUGCGAAUCUAUCAUAGGAAGGCAAAGUACCUCUUGGCAGACUGCAGUGAAGCUCUAGUGAAAAUGAAGAUGGCCUUUCGUCCAGGACUUGUUGAUCUUCCAGAAGAGAGCUUUGAAGCUGCUUAUAAUUCCAUUACAUUGCCUGAAGAAUUUCCUGAUUUUGACACACAGCUACCUGACUUGAAUGCCAUUGAUGUUGCUGAACACUUUACUUUGAAUCAGAGCAGACCUGAAGACAUCACACUUCCAGAAGAUUACAGAAUGACUGUGCUUCCCAGUGAUGGGAAUUUUGGUGAGGAGACUGAAAUACUAAGAGGACAUAGCUUCUUCAAUGAUGGCAUAUUAAUGAGUACUAAUAGUCUCUUGCCUGAUCACAGCUCAGUGAGCACCACUGGAGACAAAUCUAUACUACGUGACGACACACAUGAAUUCAAACUCGAUGGUUUUGGAGACGAAGAUGUUCCUGGGGAUAUGAUUGAAAAUCUGCUGAAGACUGAGCAAAAUAGCCUAAUUUAUGAGAUUCUUGAUAUGGAGGAAGAAGUUCCUUUGUCACAGGAACUUCCUGAUGAUAAUGCAGUGGUGAAUUUCAGCUAUGUAGGGUCUAUGCAUCCAGAAGAAAGCCACCAGAUGAGUGAAACUACGCUGUUGACAAAUGAAAAAGAAGGAUUUACACUUGAGCCCGUUGAUGCUACAGUUGUCAUAGGGAGAAGGAGCUUUAGAAGAAAGAGGAAGUUGCUUGUUGAUGUAGUGAAGGAGCUCAGCAGCAGCACUAUUUACAAACAGCUUAGCAACUGCAUGGAUACUCUUACUAUGUUGGAUCUUGCACCCCCUACAAGAAAGUUGAUGAUGUGGAAGAAGUCAGGAGGAGUGGAUAAACUUCUGUCCCGUACUACACAGCCUUUGAUUAAUGCUGAGCUACAAAUGUUGUUUGCAAAUUGCUUUAAGUAUCAUGGCUUUAAGACUGGAAGAAAAGGUAUACAGACAGAGUCUGAAACUGAAGAAACAAGACGAGAGAGAGAGACUACAGAGAUGUUGAUAAGAGAAGAGUCAAGUUACCUGCAAGAGUCAGCUCAUACAGAAACGGAGAGAACUAUUACUGACGAUUCAUUUGUGUUGGCAUUACAGAAUGGCAGAAAUGAGGAUGCUAAUAACAUUGAUGAGGCUAUAGAGAUGGUGAGGAAUGAUCAAGACAGUGAAGAAAGAAGGUGGAGCAAAAGAACUCUUCGAAUAUUGAACACUUUACGGUACAUCAACAAAUCAGGAGUGAGUUCUGUCAGUUUUCUGGAGCUCUGUAAGAACAAUGACCGGAAACAAGUUUCAGCCAAGUUUUACAGCUUCCUUGUUCUAAAGAAACAGCUGGCUAUUGAGCUUACACAGUGUGCUCCCUAUGCUGAUAUUAUAGCGACUGUGGGUACAAAGUUCCAUACUAUCUGAGCGCUACCAUAACCUACACAUACCAUUCAGAGAGACUGCUUAAAAAUUGUGCUCUGAGUUUUUCAAAAAUUCUUUUUUCCAGAGGAGGGAGUUGAAGGUCUCAUCAGACCAUGGGGAAUUGACAAAUAGUUCCCCUUAUAUCAUCCUUGCACCUCCUCUCCGGGUUAUAUAAUAGCUUGUGUAGGUGUAAUAGAUAUUUCAUAGUUAUCCAUGGAGAAGAUGUUUAUUAUAAGGUUUAGGUUUUUAAAAAAAUAUUUUGUUUAAUAUUAUCAAUAGUUCAAUAUUUUGUUACUGGAGAAAAGCUAAAAAUAAGCAUUCCACUCGAGCAAAUUUUUGUAUUUAAUAUUAAAUUUAUUUUAAAAAUCUCCGUGAAAGUUCUGUAAAACCUGUCUAGAGUUACGACAGACACUGUUUUUAAAAAUUGUUAAGCCAAAAUCUUUUGCACUAGGUUUUUUUUUUCAAAAAAGACCUAUUAAAUAUUCAGUCCAGAUGUCACAGGGUACAUGAAUAGAUUUGACUAUUUCCUGUGGCAUUGUGUAAGUGAGAUACAAAUGUCCAUAUGUAAUGGUCCAUGAAACCCUACUAACUAAUGUAGAUAUUCAACUUGUGUACAUCUCUGAAAACUUAUAUAGUUUAUCACAAGCCAUGGUACAGUCUGUUUAUUUCAUAACUGAAAGUCAUCUGUAUUUAUUUUUAACUUUAUUUUUAUUGGAUAACUCCACUAAAGCAUAUUUUGCUACUUUGUGAUAACAGUGAUACUUUAAGUGGUCUUUAUUAGAAACAUUAGAGUCCAUUUUAAAAUUAUAACUUUCUUACAAGGAGAGUUUAAACUUUAUAUUUUAAGCUCUAAUAGAUUUUCAAACACUGCCGACCAUGUCUCUUACUCUAGAACACUAAUAGUUCCAUUUUCUGUUACUCUGCUGGUUCUUUAGAGCAUUGUAGAGAAGUUACUCCAGACUCAAAAUAUUCAUAUAACAUCAGAAAGACAUGUUAAACUAUGAAAUACUGCUCGGAAUUUUUCUUAAAGAUUACUUUUUUAAAAAUUAUUUGUUGACAUUUAAAAUUCUUUGUUAAAUUUAUAUAUAACUAACUCAGUGCAUUAGUAUAUCUUUUCCUUCCUUUUCUCCUACAAUGUUCUGUCACUUUUGUUUCAAUGUUGUAAAUUGGUGUUUUCUGCAUUGAGAAAUUAGUUAUCUUAAAUAUACUGAAAUGUGAGA